CGCGAAAGGCCGCCUGCCAUUCCCCCCUCACAUCUCAUCCCUCCCCACCCUCCCCUCUCUCUCUCUCUCUGUGUUGGAGGCCAGGCCAAGGCGAGGGAUUCGGUUCGCGAGCUCCUCCUCGUCCUCGUCGAUCUCACCACGCGCCGCCGCGGCGGAGAUGCAAUAAUCCUAGGCGAGGAGCAUAUUCAGAAGUCAAGACAGAAAGGGCAUUAUACGCUGGAGGAACAUUGCAUUGGUGGUAGCUGAGGUUUGUGCACAUUUGUAGAUGGAGAGAUUAAGCACCAACAAGCUCUACACUUCUGGAGUUCCUGUAACUGUGCCAACAUCUCUGCCUUCUAUACCGGCAUCUCUGGAAGAGAGCUUCCUGAGGCUUCCGGAUGCACCUCAUCAAACCGCUGUUGCUCCUAUCCGCAGCCAGUUUCACUCGAGUACUGGAUCUGUCGGGCCUUUGUGUUCGCCCCCGGCUGUAAGGUUCUCUUCGGUUUCAAACCCUGAGCAAUACUCCAAUCCCAGUCCUUACAAUUCCCAAGCACCAACUACUGCAAGUUCUUCAACAUUGAGUUAUGGAUCACAGUAUGGAGGCUUUGGACCAUCCUUAACUGAUUUUCCUAGUGAUGUUGAACCAGCCUGGUGUUCUGAUCCAGUUGAGAGCAUUCUUGGAUACUCUGGUGAUGUCCCUGGUGGGAAUAAUUUGACUGGGAGCACUUCUAUUGAAGCUUCAGAUGAUCUUACUAAGCAAACUGAAUGGUGGACUGAACUUAUGAAUGAUGAUUGGAAGGACAUUGUUGAUAACCCUGCUUCUGCAGAAACUCAACAGGUUGGACCACCUGCACAAUUAUCCGUCUCAGUUCAGCAAUCAGCUACCCAACAAACAGUUUCAUCUCAAUCUGGAGAACCUUUGGCAGUUGUGGCACCCUCACCCAGUGCUGGUUCCAAUACUGCCAAGGCACGCAUGAGAUGGACUCCUGAACUUCAUGAGCGCUUCGUAGAUGCUGUCAAUCAACUUGGUGGCAGUGAAAAAGCAACUCCUAAGGGCGUGCUGAAGCUGAUGAAGGCAGACAAUUUGACCAUUUAUCAUGUAAAAAGUCACCUUCAGAAGUACAGAACAGCUCGAUACAGACCAGAAUUAUCUGAAGGGUCUUCCGAAAAGAAGGUAGCAUCAAAAGAAGAUAUACCAUCUAUUGAUCUGAAAGGGAGUUUUGAUCUCACUGAAGCACUUCGUCUCCAGUUGGAACUUCAAAAGCGACUUCAUGAACAGCUUGAGAUUCAAAGAAGUUUGCAGUUAAGAAUUGAGGAACAAGGGAAAUGCCUUCAAAUGAUGCUGGAGCAGCAGUGUAUACCAGGUACAGAAAAGGCGACUGAUGCUUCAACCUCAGCAGAAGGAUCGAAGUUAUCUUCUGAGAUUCCAGAACCUGCUGCUGUGAAGGAAGUUCCAGAAACCAGUCAAAAUGGACUAACCAAGCAAACAGAAUCAGGUGAUACCCAAUGAAGUUGCAAGCAGGUUCUCCCCAACCUGACCAUGAAAUGGGUUUGAUGUUGUGACUGGUUGUUUGCAAGCUUAAGUCAAGUCGUUUUUUGUCCUCUCGAGGGAACAGAUAUAAACAACUUUGCAAAGCCUGGCCAAGUGCGUGUAACUAGGCGUUAGUUGUACAGUACCCACCAUCACGGUUCCGAUGAAUCCCCGUGUUACGUGGAUAAUGUAGGGUUCAGAAGACAGCGCAAGCACAAUUGUCAGGAAUUUGACAUUCUUGCCUUUUCUCCUUUGUUAGGGAUCCGGUAGGAUCUGCUAGGCAUUUGAUUAUGGGCUAAUCCAAGUAUUUACAAUAAUCUUCAGCACCUCUCUUGUUUAGAACAUAGCAUGGUACCCAAAUAUGAUCGAGGAUGUAUUACCUUUGUACGAGAAACAUGGACCGCACUUCGGUUCAGUCUCCAUAUCUUCUGUUGGAUGAUCGCUGUGGUGGAGAAUUGUGCUCGUGGAUGAUAGCAGAGCAUUUGGGGUGAACUGUUCGAAUAUGGACAAACAUGGCUACAUCAAUAUUAGUUGCAUCUUUCCUA